AUGCCUGGCGAAAAAUCGUUUGGGCUGCUGGCUUGGCUGCCGGUCCGUGUGAUGGCAGCUGUGCAGCGAUCAGAGACGCUGGUUGUGAUUGCUCUGCGGGAGUCGAUCGUGUUUCUCGCCCUUGUCGCCCUCUUCGCUGUCACACCCCACGUCUGCCGAGCCCUCAACUGGCUCUGGGCAUCUUUCAUAAUGCGGGACAAUGGAGUCACAGAGGAGAGUUUCCAGGACUCCAUGUUUGGCGCUCUCGUGCUCCCCCUGCAGUUCGUUGCAGCAGCUUUCUUCCUUACCAGACACAUGCGUCUCCUCUUGCCCCUCGCCAAGCUCCAGUUAAGCCCCUUCCUCCUCCGGAGGCUCAGAAUGGUGUCAGUGGUAGUGGCGGUGACGUGCUUUGUUGUGGGGUGGAAGGACAGAGUCAUGCGGAUGGUGCUUCAGAAGCACCCGGCUGAAAAGCCCAUCUUGCUGAACGUGAGUCGGUUCCUCUCGCUGCUCAUCCAUCUGGUGGGGGUCGGCACGGUGCUGGACCUAUUUGGUGUCUCCCUUCUCUCCCUGGUGGCUGUGGGCGGCAUUUCAGGUGUUGCUGUGGGAUUCGCCUCCAAGGAGAUAGUGACCAAUUUCUUUGGGGGAUUGGUGCUGGUGAUCUCACAGCCAUUCGUGGUGGGGGAACGCAUCCAAGCAGGGGGCAUAUCGGGGCGGGUGGAGGAGAUUGGGUUUCUUCACACCAAGCUGGCUGGGGCAGACAAGGCGCCAGUCGUGGUGCCCAAUCAGAUGUUCAACACUGCAGUGAUCACCAACUUCUCUCGAGCCAAGUGCUACCCUGUGGCAGUCACGUUUGAGCUUCGAGUUGAGGAUAUUGAGCGGGUGCAAGCCAUCAGCUCUCGCAUCACACGCAUGCUGAGGUCGCAUGCUGACGUGGACCAAUCACAGGGCCCCGCGCACGCAGUGCUGAAGGACCUUAGCGGGGCGAGUCUGCACGUGGGCAUGCUGGCUUCACUGAACCCUCAGGGCGGUAGGAAGGUGGUGGAUGUCAAGCAAGAAAUCCUUGAAAGAGCGGUGAGGAUCAUUUUGGACGAAGGAGCAUGUAUAGGCAAAAACGUACAGUUUCUUGAUAGUGGUACACAUUCAUAA